GUCCCCUACUCCGGCCGGCCGCUGGAGCCUCCGCUCUCCGAGGGUGGAGACCGUGCGCUCCGGGCCGUGCUCCGCCGCUCGCGUCCCUCAGCAUGGCGGACAGCCGGGAUCCCGCCAGCGACCAGAUGAAGCUGUGGAAGGAGCAGCGGGCCUCGCAGAAGCCAGAUGUCCUGACCACUGGAGGUGGGAACCCCGUAGGAGACAAACUUAAUUCUAUGACUGCAGGGCCCCGUGGGCCACUUCUUGUUCAGGAUGUGGUCUUCACUGAUGAAAUGGCACACUUUGACCGGGAGAGAAUUCCUGAGAGAGUUGUGCAUGCUAAAGGAGCUGGUGCCUUUGGCUACUUUGAGGUCACACACGACAUCACCAGAUACUGCAAAGCGAAGGUGUUUGAGCAUAUUGGAAAGAGGACUCCCAUUGCGGUUCGAUUCUCCACCGUUGCUGGGGAGUCAGGCUCGGCUGACACAGUUCGAGACCCUCGUGGUUUUGCAGUGAAAUUCUAUACUGAAGAUGGAAAUUGGGAUCUUGUUGGAAAUAACACCCCUAUUUUCUUCAUCAGAGAUGCCUUGUUGUUUCCAUCCUUUAUCCAUAGCCAAAAGAGAAACCCGCAGACUCACCUGAAGGAUCCCGACAUGGUCUGGGACUUCUGGAGCCUCCGUCCUGAGUCUCUUCAUCAGGUUUCUUUCUUGUUCAGUGACCGGGGGAUUCCAGAUGGACACCGGCACAUGAACGGAUACGGAUCCCACACUUUCAAGCUGGUCAAUGCAAAGGGAGAGGCAGUUUACUGCAAGUUCCAUUAUAAGACUGACCAGGGCAUCAAAAACCUCUCUGUUGAAGAGGCUGGAAGACUUUCCCAAGAAGAUCCUGACUAUGGGCUCCGUGAUCUGUACAAUGCUAUUGCCAAAGGCGACUACCCCUCCUGGACUUUCUACAUCCAGGUCAUGACGUUUAAGGAGGCAGAAACUUUCCCAUUUAAUCCGUUUGAUCUCACCAAGGUUUGGUCUCAUAAAGACUACCCUCUAAUCCCAGUUGGCAAACUGGUGUUAAACCGCAAUCCAGUGAAUUACUUUGCUGAGGUGGAACAGAUAGCUUUUGACCCUAGCAACAUGCCUCCUGGCAUUGAGCCGAGCCCUGACAAAAUGUUGCAGGGCCGCCUGUUUGCCUAUCCUGACACUCACCGCCACCGCCUGGGACCGAACUAUCUGCAGAUACCUGUGAACUGUCCCUACCGUACUCGAGUGGCUAACUAUCAGCGCGAUGGCCCCAUGUGCAUGCACGACAAUCAGGGCGGGGCUCCAAAUUACUACCCCAACAGCUUCAGCGCGCCGGAGCAGCAGCGCUCAGCCCUGGAGCACAGCAGCCAGUGCUCCAUGGACGUGAAGCGCUUCAACAGUGCCAACGAAGACAACGUCACCCAGGUGCGGACGUUCUACACGAAGGUGCUGAGUGAGGAAGAGCGGAAGCGCCUGUGCGAGAACAUCGCUGGCCACCUCAAGGACGCCCAGCUCUUCAUCCAGAAGAAAGCCGUCAAGAACUUUUCUGAUGUCCACCCUGAGUACGGGGCCCGCAUCCAGGCUCUUCUGGACAAGUACAAUACUGAGAGGCCCAAGAAUGCGAUUCAUACCUAUAUACAGGCCAGAUCUCACUUGGCUGCAAAGGAGAAAGCUAAUCUGUGAGUCUGGGGCCUUGCCCUCCAAGGAGAUCUCUUCAGGAAGCUGAGCAUAAGGAUUGCCUGUAAUCACUCACUGCUGGAUGGAAGGUUCUCUCUCCUGUGCUAAAAGAACAAAUGCAGGCUGAUGUCUUUCAAAUGAUAAUCCAGGUUUCUAGAGCAAAUGAUGUAGCAGUGCUUCUAAUGCUGUUUUCCUAGGGGACAAUAAAGGUUAGGCUUAGCAAUCAUUUAACAGAACCACAUAUGAGCAUGUGACACUUGGAUUAUUCAUUUAAAAUGACUAGAAGGAAAGUUUCUAGCUCGAAAUAUGAUUUUAUUUGAUAAUAGAAAUUCUUGGUCAGAUCAGUAUGUUUGCCUGUCACCUCAUGGCCUGUAAUAUGAAAACAUGGCUGUAGUUAUGUGGGAAGAGCAGAUCAAGAUGAUCCACUCAGAAAUUUCUGUUUUUCCUAAGGUACUUACAAGAAAAACACACUUAAUGUAUCAGUGCCUUCAGAAAAUAACUUGAGCACCGUCAGAACUUCGUGUUUAUUCCUGUGUAAUUGAUCAGAUAAAUUCUGUUCAUUUGAAACUUAUUAUGCUAACACAUAAUGAUUUCACAAAAGACUGAUUUGUAAUUACUUACAUUUUUACAAUAAAAUAAUCUAUAUGUAAGGAUGGAA